AUGGGAUGUUCUCAGUCAAAGUUUGGUGACGACGAAGCUGUUCAGAUCUGCAAAGACAGGAGACGUUUCAUCAAACAAGCAGUGGAGCACAGGACUAACUUUGCUUCUGCCCACAUUGCUUAUAUCCAGUCUCUGAGGAAAGUUUCAGAUGCUCUACGCGAAUACAUCGAAGGAGACGAGCCACACGAGUUCUUGCUAGAUACAUUUGUUACUCCUGUGAAGAGAACAAGCAGCUCAGGUGGCUUCAUCGUGUUAUCAUCUCCUUCUUCCAAAAUGAUUCAGAGCAAAGGAGAUUCGGAAAUGGAAGUCAAUUACUUGAUGGCUAGUGGAAGCAGACCGGUUCUUGUUGAAGAAAAGCCUCCUACAUCACCUGAGACUCUCCAUGUUGAGACUUAUGGAGCAGAUAGUUUCUUUGGGAUGAACAUGAAGCCUGAGCUCAACAGUAUACCGCCUCCUUCGCCACAGAACUCUCAGUGGGACUUCUUUUGGAAUCCAUUCUCUUCACUGGAUUCUUACGGAUACGGUUAUGAUAACCGGAGUGGUAUGGAGGACGAGACCAAACGGUUGAGGCGGGUUAGAGAGGAAGAAGGGAUUCCUGAUCUUGAAGAAGAUGAGUAUGUAAGGUUUGAGGACAUGAAAGAAAGAUAUGAUCUUGAUGGAGUUAGUAAAACGGAUCAAGAACAUGUUAAUGAGCAAUUCAAGAAUUGCAUUGGAAAUCAAGAACGGCAAAGCGUUGAGGUGUCCAGAGGAGGAACUACAGGGGAUCAUGUAGUUACAACAGCAGAUGAUGGAAAAGGAGGAGAGACACCUGGCUACACUGUGUACAUGAAUCAAAGGCCAACGAGCAUGGCACAAGUUGUUAAAGAUCUUGAAGAUCAGUUUGGGAUCAUAUGUAACACUGCUAAAGAAGUCUCUGGUUUAUUGGAAGCUAGUCGAGCUCAAUACACAACAACCUCUAACGAACUCAGCGCCAUGAAAAUGCUGAAUCCAGUAGCUUUGUUCCGGUCGGGCGGCUCCUCAAGAUCUUCUUCUUCCUCAUCAAGAUUCUUGAUCAGCUCUUCAGGAGGUUCCAAGGAGAGUGGAUUUGAAAGCAGUAGUGACUUUUCAGAGGAGUCUUGUAUGCUUUCUGGUAGCCAUCAAUCAACAUUGGACAGACUAUACGCUUGGGAGAAGAAGCUCUUUGAUGAAGUUAAGUCUGGAGACAAGGUACGGAUUGAAUAUGAGAAGAAAUGUUUGGUGCUAAGGAACCAUGAUGUGAAAGGAGACAACUCUUCAGCGGUUGACAAAACAAGAGCUACAAUCAGAGACUUACACACUCAGAUGAAGGUCUCUAUACACUCAAUCGAAUCUAUCUCGGAAAGGAUCGAGACUCUCCGCGACCAAGAACUUCUUCCUCAGCUUCUUGAGCUUCUUCAAGGAUUAGCUAGGAUGUGGAAAGUGAUGGCAGAGUGUCACCAGAUACAGAAGCGAACGUUGGACGAAGCCAAGCUAUUACUUGCAAACCGUCACAAGAAGAGACAACAGACCACUUCAUCACUACCGGAGAUCAACUCUCAAAGACUAGCUCAUUCGGCUCUGAAUCUUGUGACUCAGCUACGAAACUGGAGAGCUUGCUUCCAGUCAUGGAUCACUUCUCAAAGAUCCUACGUUCUGUCUUUAACCGGGUGGUUACUUAGAUGUUUUAGAUGUGACCCUGACCCUGAGAAAGUUACAUUAUCAUCUUAUCCUCACCGGAUAUACGAUGUUUGCAUAGAAUGGUCAAGGCUGCUCAACGUGUUGAAUGAGAAGCCUGUGCUAGACAAACUCGAUUUCUUUGCCUCUGGGAUGGGAUCUAUCUUUGCUCGGCAGCUUAGGGAAGAUUCAUCGUCUCAGGGAAGAGGUGGUGAGAGCAUGGAGCUUGUUGAAGCUGACAAGGUAGAAGAAGAGAAGAUGAUGGCUGCUGAGAAGUUGGCUGAGAUUGCAGUUAAAGUGCUCUGCCAUGGAAUGUCUGUUGCAGUGAGCUCACUCGCUGAGUUUGCCAUAAGCUCAGCUGAUGAACACUCGAAGCUCGUUAGCCAUCCAGAGGACGCCACUUCAGGGCAGGAUCCGGUCCAUCCGGAGCAAACCGGGAUGUAA